AUGUCAAUCAUGAAUAGCACUUCCCUGCACCCAACCUCCUUCUUGCUGAUGGGGAUCCCAGGUCUAGAACAUUUACACAUCUGGAUCCCCAUCCCUUUUUGCUCAGCUUACACCUUGGCCUUGUUGGGCAAUUGCACCUUCCUCUUCAUCAUCAGGGUAGAUGUUAGUCUCCACGAGCCUGUGUAUCUCUUUCUGGCCAUGUUGUCAGUCAUUGAUCUGGUCCUCUCCUCCUCCACAUUGCCUAAGAUGCUGGCCCUGUUCUGGCUUGGUAAUCAUGAGAUUAAUUUCCACGCCUGCCUAACCCAGAUGUUCUUCCUCCACUCCUUUUCCAUCAUGGAGUCAGCCAUUCUCUUGGCCAUGGCCUUUGACAGAUACAUGGCCAUCUGUGAGCCUCUCCAAUAUGCCACAGUGCUGACACAACAACUCAUUGCCAGGAUUGGGAUGGCAGCUGCAGCCCGGGCUGUGGCCCUCAUGACCCCACUGCCAUUCCUUCUCAGGCGUUUUCCAUAUUGUCGGGGCUGGGUGAUCACCCACUGCUAUUGUGAACACAUGGCAGUGGUAAAACUGGCUUGUGGUAACACAUGGUUCAACAAUAUCUAUGGCAUUGCAGUAGCACUGGGCAUAGGUGGGAUGGAUCUAUUCUUUGUAGCUCUAUCCUAUGCUCUGAUCUUGAGGGCAGUGCUGAGACUAGCAUCUCGAGAAGCUCGCUGUAAAGACUUUGGAACAUGGUCUCAUGUGGGUGCCAUCCUGGCCUUCUACAUACCUGCAGUGCUCUCGUCAUUCUUGCACUGUAUGGUUCACCAUGCUGCUCCUCAUGUCCAUAUCCUGGCUGCUAAUUUCUACCUACUCUUUCCACCUGUGGUCAACCCUAUAAUCUAUGGCAUCAAGACAAAGCAAAUUCGUGACCGGGUCCUAGGUCUGUUCCAGAGAAAGAAUGUGUAG